AUGUAUCCAGCACUAGACGGAUACUACCAAGCACCACGUUCUCUUCAUCGUCAAUCAUUGCUGUAUAAUAAUGGCUAUCUAGCAUCCGAAGACUCUGAUUACUAUAGCUCUACUAGUGGCCGAAAGGAUACGAGACUUCGAUUUAUUAUAAUUCGCCAUGGAGAACGUGUCGAUAAUAAUUAUGGUCCUGGUUGGACACAACAUGCAUUUAAUUAUACUGGUCAAUAUUAUCCAUUCGAUGCGAAUAUGCCACCCUCAUUACCUUUUCGAUUAAAUUGGCUAGAUUAUGAGACCGAUGCACCAUUGACUCUUCGUGGUUUACAACAAUCAUGGAAUGUAGGCAAUGCUUUUGCUCAACAGAAUAUACCAAUAGCAGCUUGUUAUUCAUCACCUGCUAUUCGUUGUAUUCAAACAGCUGAUCAAAUUCUUGGAGGCAUGAAUAGAAAAAUGCAUAUGCCAAUACGAAUUGAGCUUGGUCUAUUUGAAUGUUCAUCUUGGUAUGCUGGAUCACCAAUUAAUUUUAUGUCUUAUCAAGAAUUAAUCAAUGGUGGCCUUAAUAUUGAUACACAGUAUCAUUCGUAUACCAAGUAUUUACGACCAUCAGAAAAUGAAUAUCAAUAUUAUGAACGUUCAAAAGAUACAAUGAAAAAAUUAUUUAAAUUGCACAGAAAAACAGGUGGCACCAUUUUAAUUGUUGCACACGCACCUAGUCUUGAAGUGCUCACACGUCAAUUGAUGAAUGAGCAACCGAGACCUGAACAACUUUUGAAUCUUGCAAGUAGAGUUGAUUAUUGUAGUAUGACAAUUGUUGAUAGAGAACCAUCGUCAAAAUCAUGGCAAUUUCAAAAUUCCAUUGAUCAACAAGUCGAUUGGCAACAACAACAACAACAACAAUUGCAACAACAACAAUUACAACAUUGGAAUCAAACAUUAACUCGUUCAACAACACGACCCUACGCAUCAACCAAUUUGUUCGCUAAUUAUCCAAUAUGA